AUGCAACAGCAACCAGGAAGCAAGCCGUCUUGGGAGUUGGUAAUUGAAAAGUUGGCGAAUGCCACUAUGGAGAGGUUUGAAAAGCUGGAGGCAAAAGUAGACCAGAUGGCCAGUUUCAACAGAAAUCUAGAGGUUCAAUUGGGGCAGAUAUCAAAUGCCAUAAAUCCGAGAGAUCAAGGUAAAUUUCCUAGCAAAACUAAGAUGAAUGUAAGAGAUGAAGUCAUGGCAGUGACAUUGAGAAGUGGUAAGCAACUUGGUGAGGUAAGUAGCAAACAUGUUAUAGGGGAUGUUGAUAAAAAGAAUAAUGUUGAGAUUAGUGAUGAGAAUGAGCAGAAUGAGACACCAUCCCUAAUACCACCUGUUAAACCUUAUGUUCCUCCUAUCAUUUUUCCUCAAAGGCUUAAACAGAAUAAGGUUGACAAACAGUUUGAAAAAUUUCUUGAAGUUUUUAAGCAGUUGCGCAUUAACAUUCCAUUUGCAAAUGCUUUAGCACAGAUUCUCGCUUAUGUAAAAUUUUUAAAAGAAAUUAUGUCAAACAAAAGAAAGCUGAAGGAUUACAAGACCAUUGCCUUAACUAUAGAAUGUGCGAGUAUUUCAUUGAUGCCUUUAUCUGUGUGCAGGAAAUUUGGACUUAAGGAGAUCCAACCAACUACCAUUUCCUUACAGUUAGCUGACAGGUCGGUGAAGUACCCAUCAGGAAUUCUAGAAAAUGUGCUUGUGAAGGUAAAAAUAAUUCAUAAUUCCAGUUGA